AACAAAAACAAAAACACAAAGAGAGAGAGAGAACAAAAGUGUUUUCAUUAUUAUGUAAAUAAAAAAAUAAAAAAAAAAACUGCUUUUGUUUUCUGUUUUUGAUUUCUCAAAACUCUGUUUUCUUCUGGCCAUCACCAUCAUUGUCCAUUUGUACACCCUUAUUUUUUACUGAGUUUUCUUUUUUAAUCUUGUCUAAUUCACUCCCUCUAUUCCUUUGGCCAUCUGGGGUUUGUCUCUGCCUCUCAAAGUUAAAUUCUUUAGUGGUUUUAACUCUAAAAAAUUUCAACUUUUUUUCAGUGAUCUCUGUUGUCUCAACUGGGUUCUUUAGUUUUUGUAAUUCACAAUGAUCGUUGAGAACAAAAAGAGUUCUUCAACUGGUGAAGAUGGAGGUGAAGAUAAGUUCCCUAUUGGUAUGCGUGUUCUUGCUGUUGAUGAUGACCCUAUUUGCCUCAAAGUCAUUGAGACUCUCUUGCAAAAAUGCCAGUAUCAAGUUACUACCACAAAUCAGGCAGUGACAGCCCUGAAAAUGUUGAGAGAAAAUAGAAACAAGUAUGAUUUGGUUAUCAGUGAUGUUAAUAUGCCAGACAUGGAUGGCUUUAAGCUUCUUGAGCUUGUGGGGCUUGAGAUGGACCUACCUGUCAUAAUGUUGUCAGCACAUAGUGAUACCAAGCUUGUGAUGAAGGGGAUUAGUCAUGGUGCUGUUGACUAUUUGUUGAAACCGGUUCGAAUUGAGGAGUUGAAGAACAUAUGGCAACAUGUUGUUCGGAAAAAGAAAAUUGAUCCCAAGAACCAAAGCAAGUCAGCUAAUCAAGAGAAUGCUCAUGCUGGAAUGGGAGAAAAUGGACAAGCGGCUGCCUCGACUGGUAAUUCUGAUCCAAAUGGAAAAGCCAACAGGAAACGGAAGGACCAAGAUGACGAUGAUGAUGAAGAAGCUGAUGAGGAGGGAAAUGAGAAUGAAGACUCUUCCACCCAAAAGAAGCCUCGGGUUGUUUGGUCUGUAGAGCUGCAUAGGAAAUUUGUUGCAGCUGUUAAUCAAUUGGGACUUGACAAGGCUGUUCCAAAGAAAAUUCUUGAUCUGAUGAACGUUGAAGGGCUAACACGAGAAAAUGUGGCGAGCCAUCUGCAGAAAUAUAGGCUCUACCUGAAAAGAAUUAGUAAUGUAGCAUCCCAGCAGGCUAACAUAGCCGCCGCAUUUGGGAGUAAAGACUCUACUUAUUUGCGCAUGGGUGCUCUGGAUGGAUAUACCGAUUUUCGCUUGGGUGGUUCAGGAAGGAUUUCAAGUGCUGCAAUUUCAUCAUAUCCACCAGGUAGUAUGCUCAAUAGAUUGAACUCCACAGCUGGUUUAACCAUACGUGGAAUUACUUCUUCGGGCAUUAUACAACCAGGUCAUUCCCAAAUCUUGAACAACUCCUUUAAUUCUAUUGGGAAGAUCCAGCAAUCUGUGUUGCCUGCAAACCAAAGUGCAAAUAUGUUUCAAGGAGUUCAGACAUCAAUAGAGCUCAGCCAGCUGCCACAAAGCAAGUCUGCUACCCUUAUUGGAGAAUCUAAUCACAUUAAUUAUCCAUCUGCUUUUCCGGCUCCAACUGGCUUUGCUGAUGCUAGAGUGACUCUUGGUUGCUCAAGCAGCUGUGCAACCACUGCCUCAGGAAACUCUUUUAUGUUACAAGCGGGCUCACAACCAGCACAGAUUAGAGGAGCUUUUGGAAGCCAACCUUCUUUCGGUGUACCUUCAGUGAAACAAGAAUCUUUUGACAUUGGUGUCCGUGGUUCAUCUAAUUUUCUGGAUCAUAAUAGAUGUGAUGAAAGCUGGCCCGGUGGAGCUCAGUUAUCAACAUUUCCAUCAAAUUCUUUGCCUAUGAGUGAACCCUUUGGCCAUGAUCAAAUUCAUUCUAAUAAUUUGAAUGGAAAUUUACCUUCAACCAUCAGUCAAAUCACUAAUAACCCUCUGGAUCUCUCUUCUUCAAUUACUACUUCAGUGCAUAUGGAUGAUACUAGAGGAGGUGUGCAAUGCCAAACUGGCCUGAUUGAUAAUGUUGUUCAGAAUAUCAAUUACAACCACAACUUAAAUAAUUCAUUCAGUUCUGGGAAUUCCUUAGCUUCUGUUAAUUGUGGUAUGGGCCCCUUUAGUCAGAGUUUGGAUCAAAGUAGUCCUUACAUUGUUCAGCAAAAUGGAGUUGAAAAAUCUUCUUUGGACACAAAAUUGAGGUCAAACGAGGACUACCUCUUUGAGCAAAGCAAGUCGCAGGAUGGUUUCAUCCAAAAUAACUAUGAGUCCUUGGAUGAUAUAAUGAGUGCAAUAAUGAAACGGGACCAAAAUGAGACAUUGAUAAUGGAUGGAGAACUCGGAUUUGAUGCUUACUCUCUGGGGUCGUGCAUGUGAAACUUUGUUAAAGCUGAUACUUGAAGAGGAAAAAGGAUGACACAACAUAAGUUUUAGUUGUUGUUUGAGCAGCAUGUAAUUAUGUAAUUCGUUAUGCUUAACGUAUUUUCUUCUUCUUUUUUAGUUUUCAUUCUCUGUUGCCACAUUCAAUUUCUGGUUGCAAAUGAUGACAGCUCGGUUCUUUACUUUCGAUUUUUUUUCUUGCUUACUCCUGCUGUAGAAAUAAUGGCUUAAGAAAAUCUCAGCUUCUCAUA